AAUUUGAAGCGUUAAAGUCGGUGGGAGGAGCGGGAAGUAAAAAAAGAGCAGAAAGAUCGAGUUGCAGCAGCAGCAAGUGAAGCAAAAUCAUUCUCCUUAGGAAUAACCAAAGCAAAAUCCACCAAAUUAUGCUCUUCAAAGUAUUGCUGCUCGCACUGCUGGCGUCACUCGGCUGUCAGGCAAAGCCUCAGCUGCUGCUCACAGCGCCAGUGAAUUAUGCAACGGCAGGAGCGGCAGGUGCCUGGCUGGCUACAGCACCAGCGACCUACUAUCCGGCAUAUGCCGGCUAUCCGGCAUACGCGUCGUAUGCGUAUGCACCGGUCUAUGGCGCAUACGCCACGUAUCCCUACUACUCCUACCUGAGACGCUGAUGCCCCAGGCUUGAAUGUAAUCUACAGAUUUGUGUGUACUUUUAUUCGAUU